AUGAUGGACAAAGCCGUACACGUGAAUGAGCAGCAAGGCUCUGGCGAUCUGGUCAGCUCUGAACUCAGCAGCAAUAAUGGUGAACAAACAGCAGCAGACUUGUCGAGCGAUGAUGGCAACGAGAGCAACAGAAAUAGCGACUCUGCAGAGAAACCAACCACCCAUACCUUCACCGAUCAAACGAACUUUGUUCCCGUGAGGACGAUAAUCACCAUAUUUCUUGCUUGCGCUUCCGUCGAUUUCCUCGUGUUGAUGGACCAAACGACCUUGGCAGCGAGUUUGACAAUCGUCUCGAACGCUCUUGACGCUGGAGAUGAGCAAGCGUGGAUUGCAGGCUCAUAUUUCUUGACCUCAACAUGCUUUCAACUUCUUUAUGGUAGACUCUCGGACAUCUGGUCUCGGAAGGUCAUCCUUCUCAUCGGCAUGGCAAUCUUCUUCGUGGGAUCUCUUGGCGCGGCCGUUUCGCAGACGGCGAUUCAAUUGAUCGUGUUUCGAGCUUUGACUGGUAUUGCUGGAGGUGGAAUCAUGACGGUUGCUCAGCUCAUUGUCAGUGAUGUUGUUCCGCUGAGGGAAAGAGGGAAGUAUCAAGGUAUUCUUGGUUCUGUGGUCGCUAUCGCACAUGGAAUCGGACCCGUCAUCGGAGGAGCAUUGGCUUCCCAGUCGAGAGACUCGUGGAGAUGGAUCUUCAGGCUGAACCUGCCGUUAACUUUCCUGACCACGCUCUGUGCAGUCUUUUUAAUGCCUCUGAAGAAAGUGGAGGGAGACUGGAGGCUGAAGCUCAAAGCGAUCGACUUUUUCGGGGUACUUCUAGCCCUCGGUGCUACAACUCUGCUGAUUCUCGGACUGACUUGGGCUGGAGCGCAAUACGCUUGGAGUUCUCCGGCAGUGAUAGCUCCUCUGGUCAUUGGUGGUGCGGUCGCAAUAGGAUUUGUGCUGUGGCAGUGGAAAGGCCCGAAGUAUCCGUUAGUGCCGUUGCAUGUUUUCAAGAUUCGAAUGGUUAAUGGAGCUUGUCUUACCAUGGCCAUUAAUGGAUGGAACUUUCUCGUGCAGGUCUAUUACAUCCCAUCGUUCUAUCAGUUGGUGUAUGGUUAUUCGGCCGUCAAGUCAGCAACUCUACUGCUGCCCAUCACGCUGAUGCAAACCGCCACAAGCACGUUGUCGGGAUUGAUUGUACACUGGACGGKCCGCUAUCGAGAGUGUAUCCUGUUCGGCUGGGCCUGCUGGGCGAUCGGUCUGGGCCUUUACUCCACACUUGACGAAGAUUCCGGGCUGGGCAAGCAAAUUGGAUAUGCCAUCCUGACAGGUAUUGGCUGCGGCAACACACUUCAGCCAGCACUGGUGGCUGUUCAAGCUGGUGUAGAUCGCAAGGAUAUGGCGGUAGUUACGUCUUUCCGCAACUUCACUCGUAACUUCGGAGGGACCAUUGGUCUGGCUGUUGCUGGACUUGUCAUCAAUAACGUGCUUCGAGUGGCCGUGGGAGAUCUUCAAUACAGCGAUGACGAGACACGCAUGAUACUGAGCUCGCCACGAAAGUUCGUUAACGAAAGAACUGGCGAGGAAGCGGAUCGGGUCCGAGCAGCCAUCCUCCCAGCGUACCGGCGAGGAUUCCGAAUCAUCUUCUUAGUCAGCGCUUCGUUGGCGGCGUUUGCGUUCGUCUUGUGCUUCUUCCUCAUGCCACAUAUUGAGCUCAAUCGGCCGGACGACGAGAAGCUGAAAGCGGAAGGGAAGGAGUGGCAGAAAGCAAGAACGGCAAAAGGUACCGAGCGGAUGUCGGAGAAAGUAUGA